UGUAAAUCCAAGCUAGCUGGUUCAGGUGAUGCCUGUUCUAGCUGGUCUGGCCAUUAUAUGGUAGCUUGGCGGUUAGCCUGCUCUAACUGCCCACGUCGCAAAUCUGACAUCUCGCUCGCUGGUGAAAAAAAAAAAAAAGGAUUAAGCUGUCAGCAACAGUCAUUUUGCGGGCUGCUGACAACCUACAAUGUUGUCCGAAGGCAGCUCUUUCAUGAAGGGCAUGGCCCUAGGAGGCAUAUUCUGCCUGGUAUUGGCCCUUUUGGGAAGCUUCACACCAGGCAUGCAGUCCAGCCCCGAGGACCAGCACCACCACCAUCACAUCAAAGCACCCAGCACAGAUGAGCUCCAGCGACUGUCUGAGCCCCAGAUGGUGGAGCUCACCAAGAAGGUGAGAGUCUACUGUGUCGUAAUGGUCCAGCCCAAGGUCCUGGUGUAUUGGGCGACAGCCAAGGACACCUGGAGUAAACACUGCGACCAAGCCGUGUUCUACAGCUCCGAGUCGACCAAAGCUCUGGAAGCUGUGGACCUUAACGAGAAGGACGAGUGGGCCAGGCUUCGCAAGGCCCUGAAGCACGCAUACGAUAACGCCGGCGACCUGCGCUGGUUCUUUGUGGCGCGGCCCACCACCUUCGCCAUCAUCGAGAACCUCAAAUACCUCCUCCUGGUCAAAGACCCAAACGAGCCCUUCUACAUCGGCCACACCGUGAAGUCGGGAGAGCUGGAGUACGUGGAGUAUGACAGCGGCAUCGUGCUAAGCUACGAGGCGCUCGAGAGGCUGGUUAAGGUGUUCAAGGACGAGGAGAAGUGUCCCGAGAGGGGCCGAGCCCUGUGGAAGCUGAGCGAGGAGAAACAACUGGCUGUGUGUUUGAAAUACACGGGGGUCUUCGCCGAAAACGGCGAGGACGUACACGGCAAAGGCCUUUUUAACGGUAAGAGCGUGAGUUCGCUCAUUGAAGAGAGCAUGGUCAAGAACCCACAAGACGUGGUGGAAGGUUGCUGCUCUGACCUGGCCGUCACCUUCGGUGGAAUGUCUCCCAGCCAGAUGCAGGUCAUGAUGUUUGGGGUUUACAGACUACGGCCAUACGGGCACGACUUCCACGACUCAUUGAUACUUCUACCCCCCGAAGGCUCGGACAACGACUGAAAGACGACUUAUCCUGGUUUGGGACAGACGUGGCAUUAAAACAGACUGCUGCUCUUUGAAGGAAAGUCAGACUGUUGAAUAAAGAGACUCAGUUAUAAAGUUUAUAUACAUGUCCAGCAAAUAAUUAUUUUUAUGUAUUUUGUACCUUUUGAAUUUGCACCUGGUACAUACCAUUGGUGUUGGGAACAAUUAAUUAACAUGUUAAGGAUAACACACUCGCACGCUAUUUCUCAAUGAGUGUGAUUACAUGUACACACUCAUGCAAUGAUUGCAUGUAUUCAGCCCUGUAAAAUAGGUUUAAUUAAUAGUCUUUCUGAUGAUAUUUUAAAAUCAUCUCUUUAUUGCUAGCAUUUUGUUUUAAUCAGUGUGAUCAUAUGGGCAUGUGAAGGGCCUAUCCUCUGACCCAGAUGAACAAGCAUUGUGGCUUCCACAUCAACAUUUUGACAUAAUGAACUAAGCCCAAAGCUCCACCCCACCAGGUUGUAAUUCCAGGGCUUUUUUCCCCAGACCAUUCUUAGAAAAAUUUGUAUUUCAUCAUAAAACAGGGAAAUCACAUUUGUGUGCACUGGACAUUUUGAACAUUUACAAGCUUUGCAAGGUAAAUUAUUUCGGCUUGGAAAUUAUUUGCAUGGAUGGUGGUGACAUCAUUAUUUGACUACUGGAACAUGAAUUGUGGUUACAUAGUUGUACAUUCAGUGUUUAUUCCAAUUAUUACCUUACACCAUUAAGCAGACAAGUGUUUACAUCAUUUAUGUAAUCGGCCUGUUGCCAUAAUCAGUUUAAUUCCAUUUCUAGUGUGCAUGUAAAUGCCAGCACUCUUCUAGUCCUAGGGACCACAUAAGGGAUUUAUGAUUUUGUCUUUGCCUGAGCGCUACACAGCUGAGUUUCUCAUCAGUUUAAUGAGUUGGUUAGUGCUAGGGAAAAACAAUGACUUGUACUCUAUAGAAUAUUAUUUAACUGGUACGUCUUUAAGUGAAAUCUUUGUUAAAUUAAUCUUAGUAUUAAGAUGAAUGUAAAGCGCUAAUAAGUAGUUUGCUACGGAGGAUGUCACCAUUCUAUUUAAAACAUGUUGGUGGAUGUGAGUUUGUUUUAUUAUAUUUUCUGGUAAUUAGACAAUCAGGUGAAAUUAAAGUGUAUUGAAAUUCAUUGCUAUGUUUAUUCUCUUAACACAAAGAACUACAUAAAAUGUGUGUUUGAAUACCCUGAAUGAUUUUGGUUUACUGGUACAGCCAGAAGAAACCGGGCCUCUUUAGAUUUUCAACCACUGUGCUUCAACAUCUCAGUUUUCCCUGUGGUUUUAGGCUCGGUGUCUGCAUAAGCACUUUGUGACACAGCACGUGAAAAACGCUUUAGGAAAUGCAUAUGAUUGAUAUAUCUUUAGCAUGGUAAAGGCAUUCCUACAUAGUUCCAAUGAUGGGGUCUGAAUGCAUGGCACUGAGCUGUGAAGAGGUCUCUUGAGUGUAUCUUUGGAAUCCGUUGUCAUCCAUGCCAGCAGGGGCAUUUAAUAAAGACUUCUAACGUAUUGGUGAGUUAUCGCCACCUCUGGUGAAAACUGAAGUUAAUUGUUUUGUAUGUUAAAAAGGUUGAAGUAUCUUCAUGAAGGCAGCAGUUGAAAUUGUACCUAAAACAGCAAAAAAUAAAAACAUACUUUGAAAUUCUUA